CCUACUCUGAGAGAGACGCACAGUGCAAGAGAAGUGAACAAGGGUUACUCUGCACUACACUGUUUAUAUCUGUGCUCACCCAUCGAAAGAUAAGUAAAGUUAAACAGAGAGAGUGGCAGGAGCAUGCCGGACCCUCAGGAGAACCAGGUCAUGACCCUUGAAGAGUGGGAGAGCAUGUGGCAGCGAGGAAUGACAGGAUUCCACCAACCCACGGUCUACAGGCUGCUUCAGAUCAACAUUGACAAAGUGUUAGCAGGACGGACUGGAGUAAAGUUCUUUUUCCCUCUCUGUGGAAAAGCUGUAGAUAUGAAAUGGCUUGCAGACAUGGGUCACACUGUAGUUGGAGUGGAGAUAUCCGAAAAAGCCAUUUGUGAGUUUUUUGAAGAAAGUAAAAUGAGCUACAGUGAGGAGCCUGUUCCAACCAUCCCUGGAGCAAAGGUUUUCAGGAACGCUGAGAAAACAGUGUCCCUCUAUCAAUGUGAUAUCUACUGCUUCUCCAGUUCCCUUGAGGGUCAGUUUGGAGCCAUUUGGGACAGAGGAGCUUUUGUCGCCAUCAACCCAAAAGACAGACCCAAAUAUGCUGCUCUGAUGGUUUCACUCAUGGCUCCUGACUGCAGAUUCCUUUUGGACACUAUGCUCUAUAAUCCUGAAAGAUAUUCUGGUCCUCCAUUUUGUGUACCAAAUGAACAAGUCCAUAGCCUGUUUGAGUCCUAUUGUGAUAUAGAGCCAUUGCAAGAAGAGGAUGCUUUAACUGAAGAUUUUAAAAACUGGGGCAUGGACUACCUCAUUGAGAAAAUCCAUCUCUUAGUUUGUAAAAGUUAAUGAAGAAUAUCUUUUUCAUUGACAGAGAAACUUGAAUGUAUUUCUGUAGACGUGGUGAUUGACACCAAGGACUACAGAUGGAAAUGAGCAUUUUGCUAAAUCUGGUGCCGCCAUCUUUUUAAUGUAUCUACA